AUGGAUGAAAAUGCGAUCGAUUACGCUAGUCACCUGCUGCCAUGCAACCAUCAGCCAUACGACAUGUUUACCUAUGCGGUCCGUGUGUUCCUUAUGGUGCCAGUGGUACUGUUCGGAGUCGUAUCCAAUAUCGUGAACAUAAUUGUGUUUCGUCACAGCCACAUGCGCAACAUCAUGGUUAACUGGUAUCUGGUAGUGCUUGCGGUCAGUGACUUGGUGGUGCUGCUGGGUAGCUUCGUGAUGUUGUCAUUGCCGGCGAUCAGCGCCAACUCUGGCCUGCUGCCAUUAAUAGCGUUGGCCAGCUAUGUCCAGCGAUGGACAUACGCUGUGGCACUGAUCGGUCAGACGAGUAGUGUCGGUCUAACGGUGUUGGUCAGCGUUCAUCGGUACUUCGGUGUCUGCUACCCGUUCCUUGCCCAGCGCUGGGAAUCCAAAUCCAGGGUAAAGACGGCAAUCGGCACAAUGCUGGCAUUUGCCCUGCUGUUCAACGCGCCUCGGUGGUUCGAAGUGGUCACCGACACAUGUUGGUCAGACGAGUUCAAUACGUCAAGCAUCCGCGUGGUGUCUAGCGCCUUGCGUCAGGAUGACACGUACUACCAGGUGUACAUGAUGUACGGAUAUACAACGAUCAUGUUCGGCAUCCCGUUUACACUGUUGUCGUUGGUCAGUGCGUUCAUCAUUCGCACCGUACAUCGGUCAUAUAGCAUACGGCAGCAGAUGUCGAAUAGCACCAGCGCAAUCGACCAACGCCGAGAACGGCAAGAAAACAAGAUCACGUUCAUGUUCAUCGCCAUCGUUUUCAUGUUCCUGACAUUCAACAGUCUGGCGUUCAUUAAUUAUAUUCUCGAAACGAUGGUCAGCGCUGAUCAGGGGAUGGAGGAUGCGUUUUUGAAAUCUGUUGAACUUGGCAACCUUCUGGUUGCCCUUAAUUCCGCAUCCAACAUCUUUAUCUACUUAUCAUUCAGCAUCAAAUAUCGUAAGGUGUGUUUCAACUACGUCCACUGCAUGUCCGCAAAAGUAAAGAGCUUGCAGCCUGAGCAAACGGUACUUAUCAAGAACUUAUCGGUCGCCCAGAAAAUCCGGUUGAACGGCGUACAAAACAGCGACAACGCAGAAAUGAUAAACGACGCUUUUUGA